AUGACCUUAAUUGGUCGUUCGAAGCAAACCGAGCUCGUCGAACUAGGUCAAUUUCAUUUUGCGCAGCGUCUUUUGAAGUUUUAUAAGUGCAAAGUGGAUAUUUUCGAGCAGCUUCGGCACUUGGUGUUUAACGCAACCCAAUUCACUUAG